UGAAAGGGGACGGACGGACGGACACAUUAAUCUAUUGCAGGCUGGUACACUCAGUUUACAACUUCGUACCUACCAGUAUAAACUUGAUCCUGGACUCAUCAAAGUUGCCCAACCGCACGUGGCGCGUCGUCGUCACAUCCGGCAGAGCCCCACGUGACUACGACGUCACCGUCACCCCCCACCCCCGGGGCGCGUGCCGUCGUUACGCUCCCACCACCGCCACAGCUCCCCGGCCGUGUUUACGUUCCGUCUCGGUGACCCCCCACUCAACCCUCAAAACCCCACCCCGCAGUGGCGUCGCGAAGAGCGGCACAGCGGGCGGACACCGCGGUGCGAGAAGCCCAACACCGCCAUGCCGCCUCGAGCACGCCGCGUCGGCUGAGCGCCGCGCCCCACCUCGGCUCGCGUCUCAGCGGCGGCGGCGACGGCCUACUUCGCGCUCGCGGGCCCUACCCAUUUGCCUGAAUGCCCUAACAGGCGAGGGGUGCGCCCUGCCCGGUUAGGCAGGAGUUGAACCUCCCCCCCCCCACCCCGGCACCAGAGGGUUCGCUUCGACCAAGCCCUGGCCGCUCCCCUACCGCCGCCGACCAUGAGUGUGCGCGCAUUUUCCCUCGUGCCCGUGACGGAGCGAGGCGACCUGCCGCCUGCGGACGCCGUGGUGAGCCUGGAGCGCAGCGGCGAGCGGCUGUACGCGGGCGCUGCGAGCGGCAUGCUGCACCGCCUCGCGAUGCCCGAGGGCGCCGCCCGCGCUCGCCUCGUCUGCUCUCGGCCGGCGCCGAUCCCUCACGCGGGGCCCGCCACGUGCCUGCGCGCGGCCUCGGCCCUGGGUCAUUUGCUGGCACUGUGGGCCGACGGCUGCCUACGCGUGGUGGACAUGGAGGCGCUCGGCGACGCGGCCGUGAGCGGGGCGGCGCGGCUGCGUGGCGUGGCCGCGUUUUGCCUCAACGAGAACCCCGUGGGCACGGAGGCGUUCUGCGUGCAGCUGUGCGUGGCGGCUAUGAAGCGCAAGGUCGUGCAGAUUUACCUGGUCCGCGGGGACCGCAUUCAGCCACUGCGUGACCUCGCGACCCCGGAGCUGCCCGUCGCCGUGGCAGCAGACGGAGCCUUUGUGUGCGUCGCCAUGACAACGCGAUACGUGAUGCUCAACUCCUCCACGGGAGCCUGCCAGGAGCUGUUCCCGAGGGAGCAAGAAGAGGAGGAGGAUGAGACGGAGGGGUCGGGGCGGACCACCGCCCCCAUCGUGAAGCGCAUCGCCAAGGAGGAGUUCCUGCUCACUGGGCCCGGCUCACUCGGAAUGUUCGUAACGUCGGAGGGUGUGUCGCGUCGGGCCCCAGUCCGCUGGGGCGAUGGCGUGCGCGGCGCCGCGCUGGCGCCCCCGUACCUGUUGGCGCUGGGGGCCCAGCUCCUCACCGUGCACAGCCUCCUGGACCAGCAGCUCAAGCAGAGCAUCCCCUUCACGGGCGGGCACUGCCUCGACAGCCUGGAGGGGAAGCUGCUGGCGUGCGCGGGCGGCCGGCUCUACGCGCUGGAGCCGUGCUCGCUCGAGAGCCAGGUGGGGGACCUGCUGGCGGGGGGCCGCGUCGACCAGGCGCUGGAGCUGGCGAGGGCGUCGCGUCACACGCUGCCCCGCGAACGCUACGCGCCGCUGUACGAGCGCGUCAAGCAGCAGGCGGGCUUCGUGGAGUUGGCGUUGGGACGCCUCCCUGAAGCCACGGAGCUUUUCAGGAGCGGCCGCCUGGACGUGCGCGAGCUCGCCUCGCUGGUGCCCGACCUCCUGCCUCCCUCCUCCUCCUUCUCGCGUGCGCACCCCCCGCUGCACCCGCACGCCGACCUCACCACGCUCGCCGGGGGCCGCCCCCACCUCGCCACCUCCAUCCGCCGCUUCCUCGCCUCCCGCCUGGCGGAGGCGCGCACCGCGGGGCCCCCCGACUCGCGCGCCGUCGUGCUCGUCGGCGGCGGCGGGGGGGCGCUCCCCAGCCCCCCGCCGCCCGGCCCGCCAAGCUGGCGGGAGGACGUGGACACGGCGCUGGUGAAGCUGUACGCCGAGGAGGGGGACGAGCGGCUCUUCGACCUGCUGGCGGGCGGCGACUGCGCCGCUCACCUGCAGGACUCUGCCGCUCACCUGGAGCGCCUCGGCAGGUAUUUUGCACUCGGCCUGCUCUACCACCACCAUCAGCAGGACGACGUGGCGCUGCAGUACUGGGUGCGAGUGGUUGACGGGGAGCUGAGCGACGCAUCACGGCCCGACCUCUUCUCAUUCAUCAUCGACUUCCUGAGCUACUGCCCGAACGCCAAGCUGGUGUGGAGGCACUCCGCCUGGGCCCUGAAGCGCAGCGAGGAGACAGGAGUCCACAUCUUCACCAAGCGGCCGUGGCGAGAGGAGGGGAGCAAGGAGCUGUGCGCCGACGAGGUGGUGCGGUUCCUGGGCCAGUUCCCGCGUGCCCUGAUGGCUUUCCUGGAACACCUGGUGCUGGAGAGGCGGGUGCAGGAGGAGAGGCACCACACGCACCUCGCCACACUCUACCUGGAGGACGUCCUCGACAUCCUGUGCAACCAUCAGCCUGACGACCACGGGGGGUCACCGGGGGUCACGGCGGGGUCGCAGGGCGCCAAGCUGGCCGCGGCACGGGCCAAGCUCCAGCUCAUGCUGCAGGAGUCGGAGCUCUACCGUGCGGAGUUCCUGCUCGGUAAGCUGGGCGCCUCUCCGCUGCUGGCCGAGCGGGCCUUGCUGCAGGGCCGCCUGGGCGACCACGGCGGCGCCCUGCACACUCUGGUGCACGGCGCGCACGACCUCCCCGCGGCACGCCGCUACUGCUCUCGCCACCCGGACCCGGCCCAGCGCCGCCGCCUCUUCCACCUCCUCCUCUCCGCCUGCCUGGUGCCGCCGGCCGGGCCCUGCCAGUCCAACGGGCCGGAGCGCGGCGCCGCCCGCAACGGGACGGGCGCGGGGCCCGACGACGACGGCGCCUACGACGACAGUGCCUUCGACGGGCACGACGGCGUGCGCCGUGCCGACGAGACCGACGCGGUGGCCGUGGCGGAUCUGCUGAACGGCGAGGCCCCCGAGUUCGAGGCGUCCGCCGUGCUGGCGACGCUGCCCGAAGGCUGGUCGGCGGGGCUGCUGGCGCCGUUCCUGCGCACGGCGCUGCGGGGCAGCCUGCACGCGCGGCGCACCGCGCAGGCGCAGCGUGGGCUGGCGUGUGCGCAGAACCUCGCGCUGCGCAGGGAGAAGGCCUCUCUGUGCCGGCGGCCCGUGGUGCUCACGGAGCGUACCAUCUGCCCCAUGUGCCAGGGGGUGUUCUCCGAGCCCGAGUUUGCGCGCUACCCCAGCGGCGCGGUGGUGCACCCGGCGUGCGCCCGCCAGCGCUCGGUGUGCCCCAUCACGGGCCACGUGUACUCGCCGUGACGGCGCCCCCGCCCGCCCCGUGCGUCCGUCCACUCCAUUGUGUCGUUAAACUUGAAGAACGAUUGGCCACGCCGCUGCUCGGCGGCGGCGGCGUCGCCGAGGAUUUCGCCGAUUAUUUUUUUCUGCGUGGAAACUUUGUGACAAAGCGAGCAAGAAGAGCCAGGGCUUUAAUGUCAGCUGGAUCGGUUUGGGUCAGCGACCAGGAAAAAGUGUUUCCACACCCGGCAACAUCGCAUCCAGGUAUCCAUCCCGCUGUGGCUGUGGCCGCUGGUCACUUGCACACCUGCUCCAGUCUGCCAGCGACCCGCAAGAUAUUCCAUUAGGGGAAUUAAGCCCUGAGAAUGACAAAACCGCGAAUUCUACCCUGCCAAAAAAUACUCUGUUAUGAUGAUGAUGACGACGACGCGGGGCCUGAAGUCAUGAAUUUAAACAAAUGUCUCCCUCGUCGUGAUGAACGGAAGGGUUUGCCCUCGCCGGAAACAAACCACGACCAUAUCCUCAAUUAUUUUACUUUCCUAACCUUAGUUGUGCGUUGUAUCUGCGAGCGACGUGUCGUGGGAUCGCGCACCUGUGCAUGUGGAUGGGGGGGGGGAAUGCCGCUAAGCGGUGGUCGCUGCUCGUAGGGACGCGCAUAGCAUUAGAGCAGGGCUGGGGAAUCUUUUCUUUGCCGAAGGCCGAAUUGGACUGUCGCAUACAUGUGGCGGGCAACCGCACUUGAAAAACGCACACACCUUAGACAUAUAUACAAUAAUAGCGUACAAAAAUAAUUGAGGAACACCUAUAAUUUUAGAAACGGUGUUGCCAGGUGGAAAAACAAUUGCCCUCUAGUGCCCGAUGAGUACGACUUAAGAUGCUUGCAGCGACAAUGAACUGCGGGCCACUGUUCGGAGGUAGUUAGGCCCCUUUGGUGGCAGCCGGCCAUAUGAAACAAAGUAAUGGGCUGCAUCGGCCAUAGGUUCCUCACCCCUGCUUUUAGAGCAAUUUCCGGAGUGAUUGCGGCAAAUAUAGGACAGACGUAGAGAGACGCGGCUCCUUGUCGGCCCAUUGUGUUUUGUUUUAUGACCGAUUACUACUGCCGUCCAUUUGGUCCUCAUCUGAAGAGGGGAGACCCCUUGGCUCUGGCCAGCCGGCCUCCGCGAGCUCGGCAUAGACCGUAGGAUUGUCCGACUCUUGUCGGCUCUGGCCUGGAUGUGAACGCGACUCAUCCAGCUUGCGUGUCGUCGUGUUGCGUGACGUCGCGCUGGAUCGUUCGGCUGCACGCGAGAGAGUGGAGGGUGCCACCGUUAAAUUGUCACCCCCCCCCCCCCCCAGGCGAGAGAUACGCCUGAUUAAUUAUGAAAUAACUCGCCGAUUAAAAUAGAUUCAUAUGCUCACAGCACACACUUAAAAUCGCACAUCUCAGAAUUGAUUGUUUACAAUUUAUGAGAAUUAUAUACUCAUAUCGGCGUGUGGUAACUGAAACAACGAGACGAAAGAUAUGAGGUAGACUAUUAACAGAACAACGGUAAGAAUGGGACAAAGAAGAAUUGAUUCUUUACUUGAACCGUGACCGUAUUCAUCGGAUCACCACGGACGUGAAUUGUCACAUGUCCGUCACUCGGUGUUGAGCCGUGUGGUGAUGAGACCAGGUGAGUAAGCUGUGCGAUUUAUUGCGGAAUUGUGGGACUUAGGCGAGGGGGGCUUAUUGAUAUAUAUUUUUUUUACCAGCGAGCCAAGGUAAUGACAGGUGAUUUGAGGUGCGUGUUGCUAUGGGGGCCCAUGUUGAGUUAACAAAUCGUUGGGGUGCGAAGCUGCCCCCUGUGACCUAUGGUCUCGCAGCCAUGACAUGCAAGCCUGCUGAUUAUAGUUGACACGUAGCACACCCUUAAUAUGGUUGAUAGGGUUUUUAUGGUUUAGACACUUUCCUCCACGAUGGCAGGGCAAUAAUUGGCAUGGCCCCUCGUGGCAAGGAAUUAAAUGCCCCUCCCCCCCCCCCAUUAUCCAAUUCGCCCUCUUUAUUUGUAGCAUGGCAAAACGGCCCUCCUGGUUCGCAGGCACUGGUGCAGUUGUAACACCUGGACACUCGGUAGCUUCGCCAUUGAUGGUCACCCCACUUAUGAACACGGCGGUUUGGAUGUGGGCCACACGGUUGGACGGAUAGCUGGAGCAUAACACUCGUCGGCUUUGGGGGUAGCUGAUCAGUGGCAGUUCAGGCAAAGUACUGUAAGGAUUGCGUCUGUGCUGUAUGUGUUUGUGUGCAUUGGGGUGGGAAGUACAAUGUGGUAGCGCACUGCGCUACGAACCCGAUGACAUGUUUAAUUGCCAGCUGUGGCUAACGGUGACAAGUGUAUCAUGCAGUCCUGGUCCUCCCCUAGAUAGACUCGGCCUUAAAUGAGUACAGUACCUAGUUCUGUGUGUAAACAUAAACACUGGGGAGACAGAAACUGUCAAUCAUGGGGCUGCCCACACUACUUCCUCGUGUGCCGAGGUUACCUUAAUAGGUGAUCACUCACAGCGCUUACCCCAAUAGCCGAUAAGGCUAUGCGGGGGUAUUUUGUGUGUGUGAGCAGGUUUGCUUGCGAGUUAAUGGCAUGUUACAAAAGAAUGAGUGAUGUGUGGGUGUGUGUGCCCUUUGGUUAUCUGUAUGAACGUGCCUUGUCAUUGUACGUGUGGAACUUUCGCACCUCCGAUUAGCACGGUUGGCUACGCAGAAGUUGUACGUACAUAGACACAACUUGUUGAAGCCGAUGCAUCUCCCAGUAAUCCCAGGUAUAACCCAUAACAUCUGGUUCCGUCCCAUCGCCUGCCACCUAACCUGGCGCGGAACUGCUGUGGUGGUGCCACUCGGUGGCGAAUGGUGGCCGUUGUACAUGCAUGUGGUACACUCUCCUCAUAACAUCUGGUUCCGACCUAUCACCUGCACCUAACCUGGCACACAGCUGCUGUGGUGAUGCCACCCGGGGGCGAAUGGUGGCUGUUGGAGAUGCAUGUGGCGCGCGCUUCACCUGGAAUGCGUCGGAUCUCAGAAGCUCGGCAGGUUUGCGCCCGGACACCGCUGCUUGUGUCGAAGACCACCGCGCACAAAUCGGGUGUCAUGGGGCUCGCGGGUCGGUGCUUGGCGGUAAAAGAGCGCAGUGCUUCCGUUCUUCCACUCGCCAAUCCUCCCGGCCUUGUCCGACCACUGCCCAGCACGGUCAAGUAUUGUCCAGUGAUGCCCACGACCCACACAGGUGCGGUGGAGGCCCUCAUCCAAAAGCGGAUUGAUAACAAGGGCUCUUUAUGGUAUGUAUAUACUAAUGUAUGAAUGUGCAUCUGUGAAGGUCUGUGACGAUGGGCCAGUCAAAAGUUCGCAGAAUUAUUACAUUCACAACGAUAUCAAUCCUCAUGCCGUGCGGCUCGGCGGCGGCAGGGUGAUCGGCUCGCGCUGUCAGAAGGUUGCGAGUUCAACUCUUGACUCUUGUUUGGUUGACUCAGCCGCACGGCGUAUUGGCAGCCACUUCCACCCGCCGGAUCGUCGUGCAUCACACGGCACCCCGCGGUCUCGCUGCGCUGUGCUGGUGGAACGCGGCGAGAGUGUGCGUGUGGGAGUAGGGGCGUUUUCACCGGUUUAGCGCAAAAAAACAUUUAUAAAAGUAGCCGCUGUUUCUCCACGACUUACUUGCACGCUACCCAAGCUCGUAAUAGACAUGCCCUCCUCGUGCGAUGCCCCCCCCCCCUGCCGAAGUCAUGCGCCCACAGCAGCUGGCAUGGGAUGGAUGGAGCAAGGAAUUAAAUGUGGGGGGGGGGGGAGCGGUGCUAAUUUCCAUUCCUCUUCGUAGCCCAGCGUCUCGGCCCCCUUGGUGCAGUUGCACCGCCUGCACGCGCCAUAGCCGGCCCACACCCCCGAUUAGCACGGUUGGUUACGUACGGUGCGAAAGAAGUUCAACAUGCAUACACAGCGGUGUCUCGAAGCAAAUUCUGUAUUCAUCACCCCCCGUCGAGUUGUGAUGAAAUAAUUCCGCAAACAUUUUUACGCGAUUUUGUGUAUGUGUGUGUGUAUACGUGUGUGCUUGUAUAGACGUGUUUCUAUGAAUCUGUGUAUGAACUAUGACUGCAGUUCGUGUGAUUUGAUGAGAUGCAUAAAAAUGCAGCCAAUACAAUACCAUUUAUUUCAAGCUGAUGGGAGUGUGCACUACUUAAAGAAAUUUAAAAUAAAAUUAAACAAACGUC